AUGGAGGGAAUUGGAGGUGCUAAUACAGCUUCUGAAGCAACAUUGGAUCAAUGGAGACAAUAUUCAAGGCUUUUCCAGUAUUACCUUGAUAAAACCACUCCACAUGCAGUUUACAGAUGGAUCACAACAGCUACUCUAGCACUUCUCUUUGCAUUACGUGUCUAUUAUCUUCAAGGAUUCUACAUUGUUACCUAUGGACUCGGAAUCUACCUACUCAAUUUGUUGAUUGGGUUUUUGUCCCCUUUGGUUGACCCUGAAGUGGACCCCGCAGAUGGUGCCUUGCUACCUACAAAAGGCUCAGAUGAGUUCAAGCCUUUUAUUCGACGCCUCCCUGAGUUUAAAUUCUGGUAUGCCAUUACAAAGGCUUUCAUUAUAUCGAUUAUGAUGACAUUCUUUUCCAUGUUUGAUGUUCCUGUGUUUUGGCCAAUACUACUUUGUUACUGGUUUGUACUGUUUGCCAUGACAAUGAAGCGCCAAAUCAUGCAUAUGGUUAAAUACAAGUACAUCCCAUUCAGCAUCGGGAAACAGAAAUACAGCGGUAAAAGAUCAUCUUCGGCUGGCGGGUCGCGGGAUUAGUGAAAGAGAUAGUAUUUAUGGAGUUGUUUAGAUUUGAAUGGUUAAUGCAAAUUGGAUGUAAAAGAUAUGGAAAAAGAGAUGAUGAAUGAUGGUGUUUUUAAAAUUUCUUAUCUAGUUGUUUAGUCUAGUAAAAAGAAAACAAAUUCUUUUGUCACUUAUAUUAACAUGGUUUAAUCAAU